CUAAUGAAGCUGAGCCAUGAGACUGUGACCAUUGAGCUGAAGAAUGGGACACAGGUGCAUGGAACUAUCACAGGAGUGGAUGUCAGUAUGAAUACGCAUCUCAAAGCAGUGAAAAUGACGCUGAAGAACAGAGAACCGGUACAACUGGAGACGCUGAGCAUUCGAGGGAAUAACAUCCGAUACUUCAUUCUGCCAGACAGUUUGCCUCUGGAUACUUUGCUAGUGGAUGUUGAACCAAAAGUCAAAUCCAAGAAAAGAGAAGCAGUUGCUGGGAGAGGCCGUGGCAGAGGCCGUGGGAGAGGCCGAGGUCGUGGAAGAGGAAGAGGGGGCCCAAGACGAUAAUUUCUCAUCGUGCAACAAUUUCCGAAUUCUGGGCAAUUACAGAUAAAUACAAACCGGCUCUUUUUUUGUACAGGUCUUGUUUAUGGUGUCCAUUUUUAAUAAACUGAAAUGUGAAAAAGUUGUCUUCCCUUUGUUAGUGGAGUCUGGGGAGGGAGGCAUGUCCUAUUUCUAGAGGCUGUUGCAGACUAAGCAUGUCUGGUUGGUGUUGGUUGUCAUUGUCGAGACUUCACCCACCCCUGAAGGCUGUACAAUUACCUCCUGCUUUUUGCCCCAAGCAAGAGACUUCGUGUUGGUGUGCUUUAACAAUGUUUGUUUGGAAUUAAUUCCCCUUUUAUAAGGCACUUGCCACUUCUAAUGGUUACGCAGUUAAGAUACUGUAUUAAGAACCUGCAUCCCAUGAGUGUGUGUCUAAUGUCGUUCUUCAGAGCGACCUCUUUAAAGUUUGUAGAUACAAUUGUACUGUUUUCUAUUAUAUGAAGCUUACAACUUAAACAUGUUGCUUUCCUUAUAAAACGUUCACAUAGGGAAAUUAACCAGGUCUGUGGAACUGCUGGAUUGUUACAUCUCAUGAUUAAAGU